CUGUCAUUUGUGCUGUCAGCAUCGAAACACGCGCUACGUAAAUUAAAAUACACAAACAGGUACAUUGGAAGAUGGACGAACCGGACACUGGAUUGAAUUUUCACGAGCUAGAGCUCGAUGAUCGUCUGUUGCGGGAUAUAGCUCGGUUGGGAUGGAUUUCUCCUACCUUGGUGCAAGAGAAGGCCAUACCUUUCCUGCUGGAGGGAAAGGAUGUGCUCAUUCGCGCUCGUACCGGUUCGGGAAAGACGGCUGCAUUUGCCAUUCCAAUCAUUCAGAACGUGCUGGGAUACAAAAGAGAGACAGCGGUUCGCGAAACGUCUGUGCUCGUGAUGGCCCCCAGCCAAGACCUUUGCCACCAGAUUGCCAAAGUGUUUGCCAAUCUAACGUACUCGUGUGGUCCCUUGAUUCGGGUAGUAGAUCUUUCCUCGAAAGAAGAAAAGGGUACUCAUCGAUAUCUGCUUGCCGACCGUCCGGAUAUCGUAAUUUCAACACCGGCUCGCCUACGCGUCGUACUCGCCGAUGGGACGCUUAACGUUCGCGAAAGUCUUCGCUGUGUCACGAUUGAUGAGGCCGAUCUUAUGUUUUCGUUUGGGUUUGAGAAGGAUUUGACGGAAGUGUUGAAACAUUUCCCGCCCGUCCAUCAGUCAAUACUCUGUUCGGCUACGCUGGAAAAUGAUGUGGUUACAAUGAAGAAAAUGAUCCUUCACAACCCGGUAAUAUUGAAGCUGGAGGAACCUCAACUGGCGGUCGGUAGUCAGUUGACGCACUAUCAAAUCGAGGCAGAAGAAAUGGAUAAGGGAGCUAUACUGUACACCGUGCUGAAGUUAAAAUUGAUUCAAGGAAAGUGUAUCGUUUUCGUGAAAUCGGUAGACCAAUGCUACAGAUUAAAGCUGUUCCUGGAACAGUUUGGCAUUCGUUCGUGUAUUUUGAAUUCGGAAUUGCCCAUCAAAAUUCGAUGCCACACCGUUAACCAAUUUAAUCAGGGUAUCUACGAUACGAUCAUAGCGUCAGAUGAACAAAUGACCGACAAUCCGAAGAUGGUUAAGAAGAAGAAUGAUAAAAAACCUACCACAAAGCAAUUGCUGCAGCAAACCGAAUCGGAAUCAAGCGUUUCCCGAGGGAUUGAUUUUCAGUGUGUGUCGUGUGUGGUAAAUUUUGAUUUUCCUGCCGAUAUCAACUCGUACAUUCAUCGUGCGGGCCGUACGGCACGUGGCAAGAACAACGGCAGCGUACUCUCGUUCGUCAGCUUCGAUGAGUUGGAAAGGAAGAAAAGGGUGGAAGAAUUCCUUCAAACGCUGGCAGCUGAUGCGGAAUUUAAGAUGAAGGAUUUUACUUUCAACUUUGAGGAAGUGGAAGCGUUCAGAUACCGAGCCAAGGACGCAUGGCGUGCGAUCACGAAGCUAUCAAUCCGAGAAGCUAGGAUAAAGGAGUUAAAGAUGGAAAUUUUCAACUCAGAAAAGCUUAAGUCAUUCUUUGAUGAAAAUCCGCGUGAUUUGCAAACACUGCGGCACGACCGACAACUGCACACAGUACAGGUACAAGAACACAUGGGUGACGUUCCAGAAUAUCUUGUCCCAGCAGCCCUAAAACCAAUGGUCGAAAUCAUAAACGCGAAACGGAAGAAGAAGCUUUUGGAAAGGCAUGCAGCGGCCAAGCAUAACAAAAAAUCCAAGGCCGACGAUCCACUGCUGAUGGACGGAAUCGAUUACAAAAAGAAGAGAAGAAUGUAAACACUUUCAUCCGGCUAUUGAACAACCUUUGGUUUAUUAAACAAAUCUACUUGCUAUACCGAGUAA